AUGGGUAAGAGCGGACGGCUCAGAUGGAACCCUUUCAACAACAGAUCGUCUUCUUCCUCAUCAUCUUCAAGCCAACAACAACAACAACAACCUCCCGUCGAAUUUCUCUGUCCGAUUUCAAAGUCAAUAAUGUCUGACCCGGUUGUUGUAUCUUCGGGUCAAACCUUCGAACGGGUCUGCGUUCAAGUCUGUCGCGACCUAGGCUUUGCUCCCAAACUCGACGACGACGAAGACUCUCGACCCGAUUUCUCCACAAUCAUCCCCAAUCUCAACAUGAAAUCAACCAUCGAUAGUUGGUGCGACAGCGUCGGCGCCGAGCGUCCCCAGCCUCCCGAUUACUCCGCCGUCGAGAGGAAUCUACGUCAGCAGAUUCCGGCUGACGUGGAUAUUCGUGUCUCAGAACAGGAGCUGCUCAGAGAUGUUGCAGACCGAGCUCCGAUGAUGAUUCACCACGCUGACACUGAAGUCAUGGGAAGGAGAAGACCGCCGGAAAGUUUCAACUCCACAAGCUCGUCUGACGAAUCUGUAAUUGUAGCUCAAAGCCCGUUCACUCCUCUUCCUCUAACGACCCGACCCGCUUGCUUCUCUCCUUCGUCGUCUUCUUCCGAAAUCGAAACCUUAACACAGGACAAUUUCUUCAAUCCCUCUACUUCCGCCGCCGCGAAUGUGGCUCCCGAAGAGGAAGAGAUCUACGACAAGCUCAAGAGCACUGAUAUUUUCGAUCAAGAGCAAGGUCUGAUUAUGAUGAGGAAGAUGACUCGCACCAAAGACGAAGCUAGGGUUUCUCUUUGUUCACCUCGGAUUCUCUCUCUCCUGAAGAAUAUGAUUGUUUCGAGAUACAGCUUAGUGCAGACGAAUUCUCUAGCCUCGCUCGUGAAUCUCUCGCUGGAGAAGCAGAACAAAUUGACGAUCGUACGGUUAGGAUUCGUUCCCAUUUUGAUCGACGUUUUGAAAUCGGGAUCCAGAGAAGCGCAGGAACACGCCGCCGGAUCAAUUUUCAGCCUCUCUCUAGAAGACGACAACAAAAUGCCGAUCGGAGUUUUAGGCGCGCUUCAGCCGUUGCUCCACGCGUUGCGAGCCUCCGAGAGCGAUCGGACGCGGCACGAUUCGGCUCUCGCGCUCUACCAUUUGUCACUCAACCAGACGAAUCGGUCGAAGCUCGUCAGGCUCGGAGCAGUGCCGGCGCUUUUCUCGCUGGUCAGAUCCGGCGAAUCGGCGAGCAGAGCGCUCCUGGUGAUCUGUAAUCUAGCUUGCUGUAGCGAAGGACGAUCGGCGAUGCUGGAUGCGAACGCAGUCGCGAUUCUCGUCGGGAAGCUGCGGGAGGAGAGUCCGGAUUCAACGGAGGAUCGUUCUCGUUCGUCGUCAUCGGCGCGUGAGAAUUGCGUGGCGGCGUUGUUCGCGUUGAGUCACGAGAGUUUACGGUUCAAGGGACUAGCGAAGGAGGCGAGAGCGGUGGAAGUGUUGAAGGAAGUGGAGGAGAGAGGAACGGAGAGAGCAAGAGAGAAAGCGAGGAAGAUUCUUCAGUUGAUGAGGGAGAGAGUGCCGGAGGAAGACGAAGAAGACGGUGAAGGAUCAAUUGAUUGGGAUAGAGUUAUCGACUCGACCGGUUCGAUCCGGUCCAGAUUCCGAGUUGGUAGAAACCGAAUCGUCACUCAGAAUUCUUCUGGCUUCUAA